CCCAGUGAGACUUUUGUUAUCCACAUUGCUUCCUUGCAAACGAAACGUCACAAAAGCUCCGGCGCGCUGGAUCUGAGGUGAGACUGAGCGCCUUUCCAGAUUUGUUUCGGUUAUGCUUGAAAUAACGGAGAUAAGUAGAUAUAUAUAAAUAUUUUUAGGCAUCCUGAAUUUUAGAGCCCAAUACAAUGACGCUUCGCUCUAUAUUUGAAUUAUUAGAGUUCAUAUUUUCUUAAUUUUCUUAAUCCUAUAUUGGAUCUUACAGCUUAUGUGUUAAUAUUUCUGUUGUUCCUAAAAUAGACAUCUUUUUUGUCGGCUUAUUGCUCAGACAAGAUCGAAGUACGUCAGUCCCAGAACGAGAAGAGACUGCCUGUAUUAUCUCUGCAUAGGGGACCUGCGUCAGUUUAAUAUUCACUCUGUGCCACAGCCACCGCUGACCUUUAGUGGUAUAUCAAGGUAUCGAAAGGAGUUACCUUACCUUACCUUACCUUAAUCUGAUCCAUAACCUUACCCUCUCUGAUCCAUCUGCCGAUCAUCGGGACAGUGGAGCACGUUGUUUUUGCUGCAGCUACCAAGGUCGAAGGGGAGCAUCUUUAUCCUUACAUUCGGAUCUAUCGGGAUCGUAUUCCUGCUGGAGCCCGGAGUUGGUGGAAGGCUUGAGGAGCACUUUCUAAUUUUGCAGAGCACCGCCGCAGUACUUCCAAGAGAUCCCAAUAUCUGGAUUUCUGAAGGCAUGUCUGACUACCACCGGCGCUGGAAUAAGGAAGAUGACCUGCCGGUUUACCUGGCCAGACCCGGCAGCACGGCUCAGACUCCGCGGCAGAAGUCGUACGGGAUGUUUUCCUCGGUGGAGGGAGCCUUCGAGAACAAGACGAUAGACUUCGACUCGUACAGCGUGGGGAGGAAGGGGAGCAGGAGCCCGAGAAGCGGGAGCAGGGAAAACCUUGUAGACGGAGACUAUUUCAGUGGGUCGGCCAGCGAGACCAGUGAAGUCGGCGGCUCCUUGCUCGGUUCCCCCAGCGACGACAAGACCCCCGGAGUGGAGAUAAAACACGCGUCCGGUAAGGAGUUUCUCCAAGGAGAGCAGCCUGAGAAGAGUGACCGUCUGCUCAUCAAGGGUGGAAGGGUAGUCAACGAUGACUUGUCCUUCUUUGCUGAUAUCUAUCUGGAAGAUGGGGUGAUUAAACAGCUGGGGGAGAACCUAAUCGUGCCAGGAGGCGUGAAAAUAAUCGAGGCAAGCGGCCGCAUGGUGAUCCCCGGGGGCAUCGAUGUCAACACCUGCCUGCAGAAGCCCUACCUGGGCACCCAGACUGUGGAUGACUUCUUCCAGGGCACCAAGGCAGCGUUGGCAGGGGGCACCACCAUGAUCAUCGACCACGUGUCCCCCCAGCCUGGGGCCAGCCUGCUGCAGGCCUUUGAGAAGUGGCAUGAGGCAGCAGAUAAGAAGUCCUGCUGCGACUAUUCCUUCCACGUGGACAUCCCCCACUGGCACGAGGGCGUGAAGAAGGAGCUGGAGAUCCUGGUGCAGGAGAAGGGGGUGAACUCCUUCCAGGUGUACAUGGCCUACAAGGACCUGUACCAGAUGACUGACACUCAGCUCUAUGAGGCCUUCACGUUCCUCAAGGAGCUGGGCGCCGUGGUGCUGGUGCACGCAGAGAACGGUGACCUCAUCGCUCAGGAGCAGAGUAAGAUCCUCGGGAUGGGCAUCACUGGGCCGGAGGGACAUGUGCUGAGUCGCCCAGAAGAGCUGGAGUCCGAAGCCGUGUUUCGUGCCGUCACCCUGGGCAACCGGAUCAACUGCCCCAUCUACAUCACCAAAGUGAUGAGCAAGAGCGCGGCGGACAUCGUGGCCCAGUCCAGGAAGAAAGGAUCUGUGGUGUACGGGGAGCCCAUCACCGCCAGCUUGGCAACAGACGGAACACACUACUGGAGCAAGAACUGGGCCAAGGCUGCGGCGUUUGUGAUGUCCCCGCCCCUCAGCCCCGAUCCCACUACGCCGGACCAUCUCAACACUCUGCUGGCCUGCGGGGACCUCCAGACAGUGGGCAGCUCCCACUGUGGCUACAGCACUUCCCAGAAGGCCAUUGGGAAGGACAACUUCACACUCAUUCCGGAAGGCACCAACGGGGUAGAGGAGCGGAUGUCCUUCGUGUGGGACAAGGCUGUGGCUGUGGGCAAGAUGGAUGAAAACCAGUUUGUGGCCGUGACCAGCACCAACGCUGCCAAGAUCUUCAACCUGUACCCCCGAAAGGGCCGGAUAGCAGUGGGCUCCGAUGCCGACAUCGUUAUCUGGGACCCCGACAAGAUGAAGACCAUCACGGCCAAGACACAGCAGUCGGCUGUGGAGUACAACAUCUUUGAGGGCAUGGAGUGUCGAGGGGGGCCACUGGUGGUCAUCAGCCAGGGGAAGAUCGCCUUCGAAGGUGCCAACCUGUCCAUGCAGCAGGGGGCCGGACACUUCAUCCCGCGCAAACCCUUCCCCGACUACGUCUACCAGCGCAUCAAGAUGAGGAACAAGGCAAUGGCGAUGCACGGUGUGUCACGAGGCAUGUAUGACGGCCCAGUGUACGACAUCCCCAUCACCCAGAAGUACAUCACCCCUUCGCCGUCCGCCAAGACGUCACCUACCAAGAACCAGCCCCCUCCAAUCCGGAACCUCCACCAAUCCAACUUCAGCCUAUCAGGUCCCCAAGCUGACGACAAUGUCCCUAGGCGCUCUGGCCACCGCAUAGUGGCGCCCCCCGGUGGCCGCUCCAACAUCACCAGCCUUGGCUGAGCUAUGGUCCUGUGGGGGGGGAGGGGUUGACCUUCGAUUGACAGAUCAGUGAGGAGAGUUGUGGGGUUCCUUUCUGUCUCAGUGUCCUGUUUUGUUUCGCCGGCCAACUUUCCCAGUGUAUGGAAAAAAAAAAGUAUCCUUCCAUCCAGCUGACAGGAUGCGGUGAUUGUAGUGUUAUGUUAAUUUUGUUUUUCGGGGAUUUAACACGAUCACAUGUCUGUCCUAAAACCAAUGCAAGCAUGGUGCUUCAAUGGCCUCGCCCCCCCAUUAGUGAACACAAACUAAAGUAUAUCAGUAUUGUUUUGUAAAUGGACAUGGUAUUGUUGCACAUCCUGAGUCUGAUUGAAUAGUUGGUUAGUUGCAUGUAGAUACACAUAUUUGACGUCGAUAAGUAUUAUUUGAAUUUUACGUUGUCAGUACACGCCAGAGUUGAUCACUUGCUUCCCACUGUGCAGCAGUGAACUUAAACGGGUUUACAUUCACAAAAUAUAAUGAGGGUCAGGAGACAUCUGCAGACGGACCAUGGCUGAGAUCCCCGUCGAGUCAGGUAGCAAAAAUCACCAACUGUGACAGCAGCCCAGCAGCAGUGGCCAACAUCAUGCUGGGUCCUCGUUUAGGGUGGCCAGCAACAUGCCUAUCUGACCGCCUAUGCGAUGAAGAAGCACACUUCCCCAGCCCUCACCAUGGGAAAGUCAUACGAGGGGGGGACACCUUACAGUUUCACUUUCCUUAAAAGUGCUUUGAAAACUCUCCACUGACCUAUUUCUAACUUUUUUAUUUGCAGGUUUACUUUAUAUACAGACUCAUACCUAACAGCCUUGUUUUAUUUCGUAGCUGUGUCGUGUCUUAAGAAUGAAAUCUUCCAUCAUUGUGAAAUAAAGCAGUGGAAACUUUAAACAACGGAGAAAGUUGA